UCCACAAACAAUCAGAAAAUAGGCGGGUGGGUGACGUUUAUCUUUGCAUUGUUUUCCUAAUAAACAAAAUUUCCAAUUUCUCGAAAAGUAUCAACUGUAUAGAAUAAUAAAUAAAAACACACACUGUUGAGUUAAAUACAAAAUGUCUUUUUUGUAUAUACUGAGUUGGAUAUCGACGGCAAUACACAUUGUUUUCAUCACAAUAUCGAUUGCGGCGGGUUUAUACUAUGUCGCCGAAUUGGUGGAGGAGUACACACAAACUGCCCGCAAGCUAAUCACCAUGAUGAUUAGUGCAACGGUAUUUGUGUACAUAUUGUUUAUGUUCUUUGACAAUUUACCGUGGAAGAUGAUAAUAUGUGGGCUUAUAGCGCAAAUAUUCCACGGACUAAUCAUGAGCAAUUUCCCAUUUGUACGAUUCCUGUCAUUUCCUUUUAUUGCGGCAGUUGUAUUCCUGAUUAUUAAUCAUAUGUUGGCCUUCCAGCAUUUCAUAAGCUUCUACUACCCCUUCGUUGAAGUUUUAGCAUAUUUCACAAUAUGUCUGUGGUUGGUGCCAUUUUCACUAUUUGUGUCAUUAAGUGCAAACGACAAUGUGCUGCCGACGACGGUUAAUGACAGUAUGGGCAGUCAAGAUGUGGUUACGAAUUACUUCAGUCGUGGGAAGAAACAAGGGCUGCUAUCGCUUUUCAACUACGCAAAAGACAGUUUAUUACCCACAAGAAAUAAGAAAUCUUUUUGAGAAUUUCCUUCACUUAAACACAAAUAUUUUUAAUGUACAUAGGUAAAUUCUUGAAAAUGUGGACUGUAACCAAAACAUUUUUUGUUAAGGUGGAAAAGCUUGGUAAUUGAAUAAUUUAUUAUAUUUGCUAAAUAAAAAGAAAUUAUAGAAUUUACACUGAAA